AUGGCUCUACAAGCCCUUAAAACACUUUGUCAGCAGCUUCAACAAGCAAAGCCUUUGCAUAUUGAAUCACCACCUGAGCAACCUCGUCGUGCAGCUGUCGCAGCCAUUCUACGAUGUCGUCCCAUUGAACAUGACCACCCAUCCACCUUCAAUACUGACCCCAUUACCAAUGUCGCUGAUUUCCUUCAACAACCUUGGGUGCAGCAGUCGAGUGAACCAGAACUUUUAUUUAUUCAAAGAGCAACGAGGGAAACUGAUAGAUGGUCAGGCCAUGUUGCAUUCCCAGGCGGUAAGAAUGAAGCGAAUGAAACAGAUGAAGAAACAGCAAUACGAGAAACCAUGGAAGAGAUUGGCUUGGAUAUCGGCAGCUCGGCAUUUGUAAAGGUGGGACAACUCGAUGAGCGGGAAAUCACAUCCACGGCUACUGGCAGACUCAUGAUGAUCUUGACACCUUUUGUCUUCCUUCAAGUGGUACCUGAUACACCUCCAUUGACCAUCCAGGAAUCCGAAGUGGCUACCGUACAAUGGGUACCAUUACGCUUCUUUUUGUCAUCUACACCUUAUCCUGAUCAAUCGAUGCAAGAAUCCAUUGCACCUACACGUCGACGUGAUAGUCGUAUGAUUGCUCCCUUGGCAAGAGUCAUGCUUGGCACUGUCAGUUUCCCUGCUAUUGAUUUACCCGUGGAUGAUCCAGAGGAACAUCGAAUGCGUUUAUGGGGCAUGACAUUGGGCAUGACACGUGAAUUGAUUGAGCUUACCUGUACGGAUACAACAAGCACCAUCGAUGGGAGGCCUGCAUGGCAGCAGCAAUUUGUAACCAUGGCUGCCGCCAGACCCAAAUUUUCCAAUCUUGAUAUGCAAUGGCUGGUUGAAUUCUAUCUACGCUUGUCCAAACCACGUUCAAAGACUCUUCAUUCGUCUUCUUUGCGGAAACAUAGACAUACCAAGGAAACCAUUAUCUAUAUUACUGCUUUUCGUCGUGCCAUCUAUACCGCUGUUGCCUUACGCAUCCUCCUCCUGUUGGCUGGUAUCGGUUAUCUAGGACGUCGUUUACCCCUAUCGCGCCUCAUUAAGCUUUACUAA